AGGUAAUCGACUGCCAGCUGCUUUUCCUCUACAAUCUUCACAAACCAAUGAGCUACGCUGACUAUAUCACUGGCCUCUCGGCUAGGUUCUGGGAAAAGGUCCGCUUUCCCAACAAGUUCACCCGCGAGGUGGUCUGGGGCAUCGUCCUCGGGAUCACCGUAUCCUUGUCGUCGACUUCAGCAGCCCUCAUCGUCCAGGAUUGGAGGCGGAAGAGAGCUAUGCGAAGAAUACCCCCAAGGCCGAUCGAAUUGCGAAGUGAUGAGAUAGUCCCGGGUACUAUAGGCUUGAUAGGCAACACUCCAUUGAUGCGCAUCAAUUCUUUGAGCGAUGCCCUCGGGGUGGAAAUCCUGGGCAAAGCCGAGUUCCUCAACCCAGGCGGAUCUGUCAAGGACAGGGUAGCUCUACAGAUCAUCGAAGAUGCGGAAGCCUCAGGUCUUCUACAUCCCCACACCGGAUCCGUUCUAUUUGAAGGGACCGUAGGUAGUACCGGGAUCUCUCUGGCUACCGUUGGCAAGGCAAAGGGCUAUGAGUGCUGUAUCAUCAUGCCUGAUGAUGUCGCCAUCGAAAAGGUUCAGGUCUUGGAGAAACUCGGCGCGAUAGUCGAGAGAGUGCGCCCAGCGAGCAUCGUGGAUGAGAAACAAUUUGUUAAUCUUGCUCGCAAACGGGCCCUUGAAUUCGGACAGACCGAGCUCACAAACGCCCCCGCGCACGGCAACGCAGUCGCCGUAUCUACUCUCGCCGCCCCAUCCGAAGUCGAACAUGACAACUUUCUACCUUCCUCUCUCGAACACAAGCCCAGAGGCUUCUUUGCAGACCAAUUCGAGAACGAGAGCAAUUACUUGGCGCAUUACAAAGGCACUGGGCCGGAGAUAUUGAGGCAAUCAAGUGGUAAUCUGGACGCUUUCGUCAGCGGUGCUGGAACUGGCGGAACGAUUGCGGGCACCGGUUGUUUCUUGAAAAAAGCCCUUCCUAAUCUGACCAUAGCCUUAUCCGAUCCAGAGGGUUCUGGCUUGUUCAACAAGGUCCGUUAUAACGUUAUGUUUGAUAUGAAGGAGCGGGAAGGUACCAAGAGAAGGCAUCAAGUGGACACUGUCGUCGAGGGCAUUGGAAUUAAUCGAAUCACUCACAAUUUCUCGCUGGGCCUUCCCGUCAUCGAUGAUGCUUUCAGGAUCUCUGACGUCGAAGCUGUUGCCAUGUCGAGAUACCUUGUACAACACGACGGUCUCUUCCUUGGUUCAUCCAGUGCCUGCAACCUUGUCGCCUGUGUGCGAUUAGCAAAGACGCUGAAGAAGGGAGCUCGGAUAGCAACCAUUUUAUGUGAUUCCGGUGCCCGUCACCAGAGCAAAUUCUGGUCCGACGAUUACCUGAAAGAGCACAACAUACCCAUUGAUACGACUAUCAUUGACACGCUUUUGAUAACAUAGUUCUAUGAGAUGCCGAUGACUGCUCCUACGCUGGCCAUCCAC